UGUUGCCAUGCAUAGAUAUGGCUAGAUCUAGUCUAGACUGAUCUCAGUAUCAGCUUCAUGCUCUGAUGGACAAGAGUUUGACAUCUUUCACUUUUCUUUUCAUGGCAGGGUCAUUCAUCAUAGCUGUAAAAGCUCAGUUUACAGUACAGCCAUUGUCAGUGGAGAGAGCCGAGGGACUGGAGGCAGUAUUUAGGUGUCGGUAUCAAGCGGAGGGAUUUACUGAUAAUUAUUUCUGGUAUAUAAACAAUGUCGUAGUGGGACCAGAUACAGAAACUAUUAGAGCACGUCGACCUUCAUUUCCUGGUGGAUCAACCACACUGACAAUCUUGGCCACUUUACAGCACAACAACUCUAUUGUGUAUUGUAGUGCUGUUAUCAUAAAUGGCACUGAUAUUACUUUAGCAGAUUCAUCCACAGCAUCUCUAGUUGUUCAUGAGACGGUCCUCACUCCCUUUAUUGUUGCACCGAAUACCAUUACCGUGAUGUGGAAUGCUCUACCCCUCACUGACUACUGUGUGGACAUCACCGAGUCAACUCUAGACUCAACUGAAACAGUUGUUAUCGAUUCUCUGUGUGGAUUCACUAAUGAGUACAUUUUCAUGUACUCUGAUAACAGUGUGUGUGCCAGAUUCACUGUGACUCCUACUGAUGGAGAGAUGAGGGGAACAACCAGUGAAUUAUGUACUGGGUUAUUUACAAGGGCAGAAGGUAGUGGAGAACAACAUCGUAUUCUUGAAACUAAAAGGAAUAAAUUAGUCAAAUUUAGGGCAACUGUUCCAAGUUGCACAAGGUUCACUCGGUAUCGUGUGGACUCUGACCUAUUGACUCCCUCCAUCGACCUUCCAAUUACGGACCCUCUUCUGUUUGAUGGCUCACUCAGUUUCUCCCUCCCCACUGACAAGAUGACAGAAUACAGUGUCACACUGACUGAUGAGAAUGGAAUAGAUCUCGUGUUUGAGAACAUUUCAAUCAGUACAUUUGAUGUUCAAGACCUCCUAGUGUCUGAAUGUCCUGGUGGUGGUAUUUGUGUGAGCAUUGAGUAUGUUGAAGGUACCCUCUCUCCCGGAGCUCUCGUCUGUGUGAUACGUGUCGUUAAUGAAGUGCUUGGAGUGCUUGAUUUUGCUAACAUGAAACUGGUUACCAUCCCUCGGAAUUCUAUUGAGAAUUUCACCAUUCCUGUUUCUAGUGGAGAAUACCGAGUGAUUGCUUUUGAUCUGGAGAGCAACCAUUUACCAAAUAUGCCCAUCUCUAUGGUAGCAAUAAGUCAAGACAUUAUGACAGUGAACUCCACUGGUGAAGACAUUACCAGUCCACCACCCAGAGAGAGUAUUAGUGCUACCAAGUUAACAAAUGGAGAGGUUGAAGUGACCUGCUGUGACUCUGCCCUGAAUUGUCUAGUCUUGUUCCAAUCCACCAUCAUCUUGGACAGAGUACUAGUUGGUUUCAUCAACGCUUCUUCGACCUCAACUGUCCUCUCUUUAAAUGACACCUUUGGUGAUGGCUAUGUGGUGGUGUACUCUUGGAAUAGUUUGGAGUUCAUCUUUGAAGGAGAAGUAUCGCUCAUUAUACAACUUGAUCUACUCACCUCUGCUCCCACUACAUGUCCAACAGCUGCUCCCACUAUACCUCCAACGUCUGAUCCACAAACAGACCCAACUCCUCCUGAUAUGGAGUCCCUGCUGACAUCAGUUAUCGCUGCAGCAGCUAUAACUGGUUUGGUGAUUCUGCUAUUGCUUGUGGUCACCGCUGUUGGAAUUGUCGUUGUGAUUUUAAGGAAACGGAGACAAAAUGAAGUUGAGGUUCCAGAGUCAGAUAGAAGAGUGGAUUGGUCAUCAACAUUUGCAGAGAUUGAACAGCCCAACGAAGCUUAUGCUCCAGUACUCAAGAGGAACAUUGCCUAUGAGCAGACAAAGAAACCACGGGGACAGAGGGUCAAUGACUCACAAGCCCCGGCAACAACAGAGGGAGAGUAUGAAAGCAUUGAGCCAGUUCAUGUGUACGAGGAUGUGUUACCUCAGGGAAAAGCAAGUCGUGCAAAUUAUGUUAACAUUAACUGACAGAUUUACCCAUUUAUUUUCAUCCCACACAUUAAUUUUGUAUACUGUAUAGCGGGAAACUAUCGCGGGGUGCACAUUUUCGCUAUUUGGUUCCAGAGCCCUCAGCAGAAAUGUUUGUGGGUUCUAGUAUUCGCGGUUCAAUGCCAGGAAACCACACCCACCAAUAGCUUUGUAUGUGAAAUAACGGUACAUGGGAGUUUAUCCCAGUUUAGUUUCAAUUUUCGUUUCUUCUUUUUCUGCUGUUGCAUUUUUCUCUUGAGAAAUACGAAAUUUUGCACAUUACGCCGCUGUACAGUACAAUGUACGAUUCUAUCAAUUUGUUACAAUUUAACAGC